AAGGUGAAGAGUAGUAGAUCAGAUUUCGGUGCAGUGGAGCCGAGCGUUGUGGUGUUUGAGCAGAAGCAGAGAGAAGCGGUGGAGGCUGGUGAUUUUUUGGAGGAUAAGAAUGUGGUGGUUGAAGAUCUUAAUGGAGAUGACUUGGUGACCUCGAAAUCCGAGUGGAAUCCGCUGAGGAGGAUGGAUUCGUCGGAGAUUCCAAUGGAGAUUCUCUCACCGGCUGAGAAACCUCUGGUUUCUGCCAGGUUCGGUCACCGGAAACUUGUCAAUAAAGCCAGUACAGAAGGCUUUCGAUCGAUGUACCAAAAAAAAAAUUUGGCUUUCGAUCGCUGGGAGUCGCGAAGCCGAAACGGCACGAGACGAUGGAGAACACGUGGAAAAUGAUUACGGAGAAGAAGGCAAUGCCCUUGUCGAGGCACCUGAAGAAAUCAGAGACGUUCAAGGACACAUGGGAGAAUCAGGUGAACGUGGAUCCGCUGGCUGAGCCGUCGCCGGUGGUGAAGAAAUUGGAAACGUUCAAGGACCGGACCAAUUUCCAGCCGUCAUCGGCGCAAGGGAAAUCCUCCCCGGCUUUAGUACUGAAGCUGAGAAAGGAACCGUGGCUGAGUCAGGACGAGUUGAAUUGGCGAGUGGAGGCAUUUAUAAAGAAGUUUAACGAGGAGAUGAGGUUGCAGAGGCAGGAAUCGCUUAAUCAGUACAAGGAAAUGAUUGACCGUGGAAGCCACUAAAUUAACAAAGGGGAAAUUAUUACUAAUUUUUACUAGUAUCAUGUAGAGCAGUUAAAAGUGUGUUUUUGGAAAAAAGAAAAAAAGAAAAAGAAAAAGGAAAAUCAUAUUUUUAAUUACAAAAAAGAAGGGAGGAGGGGGAAGGGGGAGAACAGGUAAUAUGUAAAUUAAUUUUUCUAAUGUUGUUUUCUCCGAUAGGUUCAAUGUUUGAGUUAUUGAAAAAAAAAAUGAUUAGUUUUUACAAACUUUUUCCAUUUUUAACUGAGGUCUGAUUUCAUUAGCAGAUGGGGUUUGAAAUUAGUAAGAUGAUAGAAAUGUUUGUAAACGAAGAUGACAAGUAGAUGUUCUCUUGUUUCAUAUAUCUGAAUGAAAUGUUCUUGCUUAU